AUGGAUCAAUUUAAGAUUCUUCGGGCGGAGAUUACAUUAGAUAUUUUGACUCGUCUUCCAACUGAAUCGGUGUUUGAUUGCAAAUUAGUAUGCACAGAUUGGAGGAAUCUCAUUUCUCAUCAUCCAUCAUUUUCCAAAAUGCACUUACAUCAUCUCAAUCAUCAUUUUACUGCUGAUGAUUCUGGUAAGUUGGAUUUUAUUGUUGUGACUAAGGAUAGGAGUUAUUUCGGUGAUCAUGAAAAUUUACAGUAUUUUGAGAUUCAUGAAUCAACAACACCCACCAUUCAAAGAAUUAGCAGAGUUAAUUUUACCCAACCGUUUGAGCAUUUUAAGAUUGUUGGUUCGUGUGAUGGUUUGAUAUGUCUUAUUCGCCUCUAUCGUUCAGCAACACAACCUGUUUGUAUUUGUAACCCAGUAACCAGACAGUAUGUUGUGCUUCCAGAGAUUGAUUGUGACACUGAUGAUGAUGAUGUUAACUGGACAUUUGGAUUUGGUUAUGUUUCUUCAACCAAUGAGUACAAAGUUGUAGCAAUACAUUGGUUAAACAAGGAAUUUAUACAAGCCCAAAUAUACACUCUAGGCAGUGGGAACGGCUGGAAAAACCUUGGAAACUUUUCUUCUCAAUUCACCGGAGAUUGGAUCUGCAUAUUGUGCGUACAAGCUAUCUUUGCUGACGGAGCUCUAUAUUGGCUGGACAUUGUAUCAAAUAUGGUCGUUUCCUUCAAUUUGGCUGACGAAAAGUUUUGUGCACAUCUUUCACCGCCUCCUUUGCCACCAGACAAUGAUUUCUGGUAUAAUAGAUUAGGGGUUUUGGGUGGAUUUUUGUAUUUUGCUGUUCCGCAAGUUGUCGAAGAAGCAAUAUGUUAUGACAUAUGGCUAUUAAAAAAGAAGAACGGUAAUCAGGACAUGGAAGAGCAGCUAGAGGAACAUCAAUCAUUGGGUUGGAAUAAAAAGUUUAGGAUUAAUGAAAUAGACUUGUUUGCCGUUACGAAGAGUGAUAGUGUUUUAACUUACUAUGAUAACUAUCUCAGAAUUUAUGACACAAAAUCUUCAACCUCGAAAAGUCUUGUGGAUUUUAAGGAACAGAUUUCGAUUGUAUUUCCUUACAAGAGCACCUUAGUUUCGUUGAAUGAAUUAGGGGAAGAACAUACCAAGAGAAUGGAGUCGAUUGAAAUUGAAGAGACAUGGAAAGCCAUAAUAAGCCUUCAAUUAUAG